AUGAGUUAUCCAGGUGAGUGUUUGUUGCAACUUGCACAACGUUGCAAUAAGUUCCCAAAACAAAUGAAGCAAAUCCAUUCUCUUAUAAUCACCAAUGGCCACCUCAUUCAUCACUCAAAUGCUCCAUCAUCAUCACAACACAAAUGGAUGCCUACCCUUCUCUACAAUGCCCUCAUCGGAGCCUAUCACAUUCACAACCAUAAUAAGGCUCUUCUCCUUUUCUCUCACAUGCUUGCAAACCAAGCCCCACCCAAUAGUCACACUUUUCCUUCCCUUCUCAAAUCUUCCACUCUUCCUUUGGGCACUACCCUUCACUCACAAGCCCUCAAGCGCGGACUCUUAUCUGACACCUUCAUUCUCUCCACUCUUCUUGCCCUCUAUGCAAGAAACAACCGCCUUGCUGAUGCACACAGAGUGUUUGAGGAAGUUCCCAUGUUUUGCAUUGUUGCAUGCAAUGCAAUGCUUAAUGCUUUUUCCAUGAAUGGGGACAUGGAGGCUGCUGUGUCAUUGCUUGAAGGCAUGCCCCAAAGGGAUGUUGUAUCUUGGACAACUGUUGUGAAUGGUUUUGCUUUGAAUGGGAAUUUUGGUGCUGCAAUAAGGUUUUUUGGGAAGAUGAUGAGUCAUAAGGAUGUGAUGGACGGUGUUGUGAAGCCUAAUGAGGCUACUUGUGUUUGUGUGUUAUCUUCUUGUGCCAGUUUGGAUGGUAAAGCGGCUCUUGAUUGUGGAAAGCAAGUUCAAGGAUAUGUGGUGAUGAAUGAGGUCAAGUUGGGGGUUUUUGUGGGAACUUCAUUGAUAAAUCUUUAUGGGAAGAUGGGGUGUUUGAAUUAUGCUGAGAAUGUAUUCAGAGUAAUGGUUUCAAGGGAAGUAUGCACUUGGAAUGCAAUAAUUUCUUCACUGGCUUCAAAUGGUAGAGAGAAGGAGGCUUUGGACAUGUUUGAGGAGAUGAAGCUUCAAGGGUUGCAACCAAAUGGCAUUACUUUUGUGGCAGUUCUUACAGCAUGUUCUCGAGCAAAGUUUGUUAUGGAAGGGUUGGAGUUGUUUCGAUCAAUGUUGCAUGACUUUCAAGUAGUGCCGAUAAUGAAGCACUAUGGCUGUGUGAUUGAUCUUUUGGGUAGAGCCGGGUAUAUCCAGGAAGCAGCUGACAUCAUAAGAAACAUGCCUUUUGAGCCCGAUGCAACUGUUUUGAGAGCCUUUUUGGGUGCUUGUAGGAUUCAUGGAGCUGCUGAACUCGGAGAAGAAAUUGGAAAGAAGGUGCUUAAACUGCAGACACAACACUGUGGCCAGUAUGUUUUAUUGUCAAGCAUGAAUGCUGAGAAAGAAAGAUGGGAUCAUGCUGCUGAUCUGAGGAAAGAAAUAAUGGAUGCUGGAAUUCAGAAAAUUCCAGCAUACAGUGUGGUUCACUAG